AUGAAAGACCUCACCGACGAAAACAUCACCGCAAACACCCACAUCAUCAACUCCCAAGGCCCCGACAAGCGCCUCCAAUUCCUCAUGCACUCCCUCGUCAGCCACCUCCACGACUUUGCGCGCGAGACGCGCCUGACCACAGACGAGUGGAUGGGCGCCAUCCACUUCCUCACCGCCACCGGGCAGAAAUGCACCGACACGCGGCAGGAGUUCAUCCUCCUCUCCGACACGCUCGGCCUGUCGAUGCUCGUCGACGCCAUGAACCACCCCAAGCCCCCCGGCGCCACCGAGGGAACAGUGUUGGGCCCGUUCCACACACACGACGCGCUCGAGUUUGAGAACGGCGAGAGCAUCUGCAGCGCUGGGAAGGGGGAGGCGAUGCUCGUGCUGUGCACGCUGCGGGAUACGGCUGGUAGGCCCGUGGUCGGCGCGUCGGUGGAUAUCUGGGAGACGGACGAGACGGGGCAUUACGACACGCAGUAUGCGGACCGCGGGGGGCCGGACUGCCGCGGGAUUCUGCGCAGCGGAGAGGACGGCUUCUGGUUUAAGGGCAUUCGCCCCGUGCCGUAUCCCGUGCCGACGGAUGGGCCCGUGGGGGAUAUGUUGUUGAAGCUGAAGAGACAUGCGUAUCGCCCGAGUCAUAUGCAUUUCAAGAUCAACGCGCCGGGCUUUGAUGAGCUUGUGACCGCACUCUACGUCCGCGGCGACCCCUACGAGACCUCCGACGCCGUCUUCGGCGUCAAGUCCUCACUGAUCAUCGACCUGCGCAAGAUCGAGGACGCGGCGCUGGCCGCAAAGCACGGCAUGCAGGUCGGCGACUGGCUGCUCGUGCACGACUUUGUCAUCAUUACCAACGAAGAGAGCGAUGCGCUGCGCAGGGCGCAGGCGAAGGAGGCGCUGCGCAAGUUGGGGAGUGUGGCGAUGCUGAAUAGUGAUGGGUUGCCGACGGCGGCAGAGCUGGAUUGA